GGCUCACCAGCAAGCAGAAGAAGCCCGCAGAAGGGGCGGGGCCGCUCCGCCCUCACUUCCGGACGGCAGGGGGCGGGGCCACAUCGCCGCCGCACAUGCGCUCUCGGAGAGCCUGCCGGGACAGCGGCCCGGAGGGGACGCCUUUCGAGAGCGGACCUUCCGGCGCGCAGCCAGGAUGGCGGCGGAGGGCUCCUGCGAGCUGCCGGUGGUGCCGGCGGCAGGGCUUGGCCUGUCCGGGGCUCCCUCCGCCUCCUGCCGGCGCUGCAGCAGCAGCUCCAGUUCGUCGUCGUCGUCCUUCUCUUCGCCUUCGUCGUCGUCCUCGUCGUCGUGCGGGGGCUGCCUCGCUCCCCCGGCCCCUCCCGUCGCGGGCGGCGUGCCCGGGAAAUGGGUCCGGCUGAACGUGGGCGGCACCUGCUUCCUCACCACCCGGCAGACGCUCUGCAGGGACCCCAAAAGCUUCCUUUUCCGCCUCUGCCAGGCCGACCCGGACCUCGACUCCGACAAGGAUGAAACAGGUGCCUACUUAAUAGACAGAGAUCCAACCUACUUUGGACCGGUGUUGAAUUAUCUCCGACACGGGAAACUGGUUAUCAAUAAAGACCUCGCAGAGGAAGGUGUGCUUGAAGAAGCUGAAUUCUACAACAUCACAUCCUUAAUCAAACUUGUAAAGGACAAAAUAAGGGAACGAGACAGCAAAAUCUCACAGGUGCCAGUCAAGCACGUUUACAGGGUGCUGCAGUGCCAGGAAGAGGAGUUGACUCAGAUGGUCUCCACCAUGUCUGAUGGCUGGAAAUUUGAGCAGCUAGUCAGCAUUGGAUCUUCCUAUAACUAUGGGAAUGAAGACCAGGCCGAAUUCCUUUGUGUUGUUUCCAAGGAGCUGCACAACACCCCUUAUGGCACGGCCAGUGAGCCCAGCGAAAAGGCAAAGAUCUUGCAGGAGCGAGGUUCAAGGAUGUAACUGUGCCCCAGUAUUGAAUGCUGACAAGUUUUCCUUUGCAUUGCCACACGAAGAGGCUUGGCACCAAGAGGAUGUCGCUUGUUCAGACCAUUUCUGUAGUUCUGGAUUUUGAACCCUGAAGGUGGUGCUGCAGCUGGAGCUGGCUGCUUGCAGAUGCCUGCCUUCAGCAGCAAGAGGGGUUGUGUUGGCUCUGGUGCCCGGUUGUGCUGAUCUUAAUCCCAUGGAAAGAAGAUUUGACUUCACUCUAUGCUUUCCUUCCGAAGAGAUAUAGCGAUGCUUUGCUGUUUGUAGGGAAACAAUUUGGGUUUUAAUAAUUGUAGGCAGUUCAAGGUCAACAUACUUGGUGCUAUGAAUAAAUUACAGCCCACAUGUGGGCACACAUCCUUAAGCAGCUCCAGUUGACUGUGGCGGCUGCUGUACAUUCCUUGGGGAUCUAUUGUAAGAAUGCACUAGCCCAGACUAAGGGAGGGGUGCAUCUUCAUCCCCCUCCUGACCCUGCUUGCUUCAGUACCCAGAGGGUAUUCUCUUCUUGGGAAGAAGGUCUUAUUUUGCCCACAUCUCUAGGGAAGCCUUCCUCUCCAGGUAACUUGCUCCUGCAAAGGUUAACCUCCAAUUUUAGCUACACUUUAGGAUUGAAGCCCCAGUGAAACAAAAAUAAUACGGCAAAUACCUUGCCUUGCACACAUGUGUGCACACACGAGAACACACACACACCAAAGUUGCGUUCUUUGUUUUUAGAAAUGCCUGCAAGUAUUGCUACCCCCGUGGACUCACAGCACUGAAGGUAGACAUGGGGGUUGAGUCUUCAUGGGUGCUCCAUCAUGAAGGCUGGGAAUGAGAAUCUCUGUGCUCAAAAGCAUCAGAGUUUGUGCAGCUGAAGGCAGGAAUUAUUGUGAUUCUUUAACAGAUGUUUACAGUCAUUUCUACAUUCUCUUAUCUAUGCAGUUCCUUCUGAUGUUUGGCAAGUACUGUCAAUAACACUUGUGGUUUCAUUGAGAGAGGCUUGUGGUAAAUGUGAAGAAACACAACUGGAGCUUUUUAGUGUACUGUGUUUAAAUGAAACCAUUAGCAUGUCUUUUGAAAAUAGGUUUAAAGGAGUAUAUACAGAUCUCUCUGCUUCAUAGAGCACAGAGAGGAGCCCUUCCUUGUCUGAGGCUCUCCUAACAUGCUACCUAUAUUUUAACUUUCAUUAAGCAACUCACAGAAGCUGUGUGUAUACACACCCCUUCCUUUUCCAUUCAGAUGUGUGGAGUCCUCACAAUCUUGAAGCAUCCCUUGUCUGCCUGCAUUUUUGAUCUGGUUUUUGGCAAACCUUUUCUGCCCAGUAGAUCAGCAAGUGGGCCAUUUGUCUUUUGCCAUGGAGACUGGUCUGCACAGAAAGUUGCAAGGCCCUCCUCAACAUUGAGUAAUCCGUUUGUCUUUUUUAAGAUGUUAGCAUUGAAAUGAAUUUACUAAAAUGUAAUUCUUCUGAAGGGUGAAAUGUUUCUACUUUUAUACUUUUUUAGGCAUCUGUGUUUGAUUACCGUAAAGCGAACGCCAAUGUGCUAAGAGAUCACAUUUCGUGUACGUAGAAGGAAAUGUUACUGCGAGUGUGUCUGCGUGUGCAUUUGUGUGUGCACGCACACAUAUAUGCAGAUGCAAAGAUGGCUCUUGAAUUGGCUGAACAGGCCUUGUUCUCCUUCAGGCCCAACCGUUACUGUGACGCAUUCUGCCAGGGCAGCCUGAGUGACUGACUUGAAAGGCCUCCAUCUCCAAACAGCCUUUCCUUAAAGGUGGUGCACAUGCCUGUCCAGAAACUGCCUUUGAAUGUUUUUGCUGUAAGUAGCAAAGGAUUUGACUGACACAAAUUUCAGGCUUGAGAGGGGGCAGCAGCAAAACAUGGUGAAUGGAAGGAGGUGGAGCACAGAAGCAGCCACUCUGUCCAUCAAGUGGCCAGUGAACGUGUUUGCUGCUUUGGGGUGGGAUUUCCCACCUUGUUGCCACUGUCCCCUUAUGUCCUUGGAGGAGGGGAUUUUUGAUGUUCCUCUUGUUCUCCCUCUGACUUUAAAGCCAGAAAGCGUCAGGAGACACUUUGGAAGAGGCUGAAGCCAGCAUCUGUCAGGGUGAUGAUUUUGGCUGCAGGCAAGGUUUUCUCUCUGCAUUGGUUUGGCUUCUUACUGAACGCAGAAAAAGUUUUAGCAUGUUGAACAGUAUGAAAUUUAAGUUGCAUCCUAGGAUUUAACCUUGCAAGUGUGGAAUCCUUUUGUAUUCUUCAUGAUUGUGGAAUGUGGUCUGUGGUAUAAAGCUUAGCAUGUUGAGAA